UUUUUGGAAGAGUGGGGUACUUGCAUAGACCAACCGCGAAGCUUGGGCAAGUCGUGUUUCCAUGUGAGACAGCCAUGCCCUCAGCGAGCUGCAGGAUUUCGAAUUACAUACAUAGUCUUUGCGUCUUGAGUCUGAUUUGAGCAUCCGAGAGCCAUGUGCUGCGACAUUCGUCCUGUAACAAUCACUUCCCAGCUGUCUAUCAUGUACACGGGCUGGCAGGCCGGAAGAUCUGCCAUCUGAAGAUCGGCGGAAAGAGUAACACCCGGGAGAUCAUAAGGACGGCAUUGUUGAGCUAGCCGGCUAGCAUGUGAGGUCAUCAAAGUGCUCCUGCUAUGAUUGGGGGGUUUGCAGGUAGUUAUUGGGGAAUUUUGGGGCAGACGCGCACAGCUCUUGGUGGGUCCUUCCUUUAUCGAUAACGAAAAGUGUAGAGGGAGGUGCCCAAGCUGUUUCUCUCUGUCUUGGUCCGACGCGCGACGUCCUCUGGCCGCAUCCCACAACCCAUACGGCAAUCAUCCCUAUCCCCCACCAAUCCUCCACAUCCGCGCAGACCCGGCACUUCGAUUGCGUCUCUGUUCGCCCCCGAGGAGCCCCCGUCACCGCCAUCUGCGUAAUCUCACGUGCCCCGAAGGUUUCCAAAAAGCCCCGUGCUAGGCCAGGCAGUCGCAUCGACCCGCGGCAUCGAACAAGAUGGAGAAUCCUGAGGCGUGGGUGGGCUGGUCAGUCCUCGUGACGCUCAAGAACCCGCCGAUCAGCCUCACUGGCAAGAUCGAGCGCCUCGUCCCCGGCCAGAAUGUCACCUUGGUCAACGUGUGGAUCGAGAAUAAGGAGUGGCGCGGGCGCAUCGUGGUCGCGAGCAACGAUAUCGCGAACCUGGAGAUACAAGAGCAUUCCGCCCCUCAACAGCCAUACCAGCAGCCAACACCACCUGCCGCGCCUCUUGCCCAGGCACAGCAGAACACUGUGGCCUCUGGGUACCAGAGCAUGGCUUCACCUACCACGCCCACUGCGCCAGCAGCCCACUACGCCUCCGUGUACCAGGGCCAAAGCCAGCCUCUGCCGCAGAAUCAGCAUCAGCAGCAGUCGCAGGCCGCGCCAUUUGCGCCAGCACUUCAAGGGCUCUUCCAGGCUGCUGCUAAAGAACAGGCACCCCCAGCGCCCCAGCCGGCAGCCAAGUCGGCGUUUGUCGACCCUGCAAUUCUCUCAAUGGGAAAGCCGCCCGUCAGGGCGUCGCCGGGGGCUGUGAGCCAGGCGCCUCCACCCAACACCUCGCCACAAGUAGCACAACCCUUAUCAGCCAUGGCAAACCGCCCACUCUCGAACAAUAAGGCGCAGCGUUCGCCAGUCCCGAAGGUCACGUUCGGAGAGACGUCCAGGGAGCAGACUCCCAAAGGCACCCUUGUGGAAUCCAUGGAGGGCUUGAACGUUCGCGCUGAACUGGCUGAUACUGACGCCGCCGUGGUCGAGGACGACGCCGCAGCCGAAUUACAAGAAGCCCAGGCCGGUGCGUCUAAGAAGAACCGGAAGCGGAACCGUAAGAAGAACGCCCAAGAGGGCCCGGCGGAAGACGCGACGCCGUCGAAAGGAGCACGUCAGGGGAAGAAAGGCAAGGGUUGGAGAGAGACGCCAAUGUUGGAAGACACAGCCUCAUUCCAACCGUACAAGGCACUGCGCCGGACAAAUGCAAACGCGAACGACAAUGGCUGGGCCUCUGAGGACGUUACUGACGUACAAGAGAUGCCCGAGUUCGACUUUGAAGGAAGCCUGAAAAAGUUUGACAAACGCACAUUAUUCUCCGAGAUGCGCGAGAAGGACAAGGUCGAGGAUGCGGCUCGAUUAGUCUCACACAACCGUCGACCAAAGCCAGGCACUGCCGGAGGCAAGAACUUGCAUCCUACCGAGAACGUCCUGGAUUUGCCCUCGCCGUCCGCGAAGCCAGAUAAGGCGCCUCCAGAUGAUUACUGGAAGAGUGAGGCUGAUGACGGCAUGCGCAACGGCAGCGAGCGACUGAGCGGGAGAGAACUCGGAAGCAGGCAGGGCUCCCGCAAGGGCGAAGGCAAGAACUCUGGACGGAGGUCGCAAUCAAGAAAGGCCAGUUCUACAACUGUCGGCCAGGCACCAAGCCGGGUGAACUCUGGCCUGCCGGCUGCUGCCUCGUCUGCCGGGUUCUACGCCGCCCAGAGCGACCGCCGCAUCGAGGUCCUGUCCCCGCUGCAGAUGCUCAAUCUCGAGAACAUAGCGCAGAACGACCUGGGCCUGACGGAGGAUAUGAUGACAGAAAAUGCCGGCCGUGGGAUUGCAGAAGUCGGCCUCCACACACUAACAGACCCAGCGCUCAAGGUACGGCUCGCAGCUGCAGAGGGCGACCCAUCCUCAAUCUCGCCAACCGUUGUCAUCCUGGCAGGCAACAACAAAUCCGGUUAUCGGUCGAUUGCUGCGGGCCGCCAUCUACGCUGCAAAGGUGUUAAUGUCAUCCUGUGUGUGGUCGGCAUAGAAAGAGGAGAGCGCGACCUCUCGGUGGACAUGACCAGGCAACUACGACUCUUCAAAAGCUUCGGCGGCAAGGUGUGCAGCAAGAGCGAGCUCUUUGAGCACGUUCGGCAGGCCUCGAUACCCGUCAUCUCGAUGGAUGCGCCCAGAAGCGUGCGUCCCCAAGCACCGCCCAUGGCCGUGACCCUGAUUAUCGAUGCGCUACUGGGACAUGUGACGCCAUUCGAGGACCUACGGGCGUCCGAGCAGGCCACUGUCUACGAGCUCAUCGAGUGGACAAACCGUAACGAGGCGUUCGUGCUCGCCGUCGACGUGCCCACGGGCAUUGACCACACGACCGGUGAGCCCACGGUGCAGGACGGCCACAGCCUGUACAUCCGGCCGCGGUACGUCGUCUCCGUCGGCGCGCCGAAGAAGGGCCUCCUGGAGGCGAUUUCGUACGGGGACGCGGACGACAGCGAGACCGUCACGGGCCACGUUACGGACGACUCCGUGCUCGACUGGAGCCUGUUCCUGGUCGACAUUGGUCUUGGGCCUGCCGUGUGGAAGCGGGCCGGUACUAAGAUUAGGCGCGGGAUCGACUUUGGCAACAAGUGGGCGCUGCAGAUCAAGUACCGAUCUACGGACCUGGAUCAGGCUGAAGAGUAGCGGGAGGCAGCGAUUCCAGAGCCCACGGUAGAUACUCAGUGGUGCCUUGUGCCUGGGGUCUCGCCCCUUGUCCUCCUGUGGCUCCUUAUCCUCUGGUGGCUCCUCUGGUGGCUCCUCCUGUGGCCCCCUUUCCUCCUGUGGCUCUGGGCCCGCCUCGGGGAGGUCCUUGAGGUAGCACUCAAGAAUGAGUUUGACGAGCCCACGUAUCGUCGCUCAACCAUUGCCGGUAUGAAGAUGAAAAUGCUGGAGUGGGCCGACGACAUGGGAGUACCGUGAAAGAAAGUCGCUGGGGUUUGGGCACCGCCCAUGUGUAUUGUUCGAACAGAGUUGGGAGUUUUUUUUUCCAACCACUUAUUCAUACCCCCUUUUAAACUGCAUACGGACGGAGUACCGGGCGGAGGGGGCUUGAGCGUUUAUAGUUUAGUGAUCAGCGUGUGCAUAUAGCGUCUUUUGAAGUUUUAGAAGGACGAGACCGAAUCGAGAGAUGUUGUGUCUGG